AGGUGUAUAAAAGAUCACUCUGAAAGCGAUUUGAAAAAGUAAAAUUCUAAGCAAAGAUUUGUGUCCAAAUCGUCGAAACUAUCCGAAAUGGCUGACGAAGACGUUGCUGCUCUAGUUAUCGAUAAUGGCUCUGGUAUGUGCAAGGCCGGUUUUGCAGGGGACGAUGCUCCUCGUGCAGUGUUUCCUUCAAUCGUCGGUCGCCCAAGACAUCAGGGUGUGAUGGUUGGUAUGGGUCAGAAAGACUCGUAUGUCGGCGAUGAAGCUCAGAGCAAGCGAGGUAUUCUGACUCUGAAAUAUCCUAUCGAACACGGCAUCGUAACCAAUUGGGAUGACAUGGAAAAGAUCUGGCAUCACACCUUCUACAACGAGCUUCGUGUAGCGCCCGAGGAACACCCAGUUCUACUGACAGAAGCUCCUCUCAACCCAAAAGCUAACAGAGAAAAGAUGACACAGGUAAGGUUUUCCGCUUUGAUCAAUUUUAAAUGCGAAAAAAGAGUAUUUGGAUGACCCUAUUGGAGAUAGAGUGCAUUUGGGCGUGGACAACAAAUCUCCUAGAUCGCGUUAUUCCUUACUGAUCUGCCAGAAUUGUGUUUUCUGACCCUCAACUUUGCACUAGAAUCAAUUUAAUUAUAUUGUUUACGGAUGGUUGCAAC